ACAACUUGUAGCGAACAGGCUGUCAUGACGAUGAUGGCGGCUCGUGACAAGGCGAUAGACGAAUAUGUUGGUGCGCAUCCAGGCGCCACGAAGUACGAGGCGCUAUCCAAACUCGUUUGCUACGCAUCAAUUCUGGCAAGUGCUUCCAUCAUCUGCACUUUUAUGCUCGAUGUUGUGGUGGUGUGGGAGGAGACUGGAGGGAGCGAGGCGACGCAGGUGAUAGUGAUGAUUUUCACGGAUUAA